CAACAACAAAACGAUGUUAACCGUCUACAAGAACAACAAUCCCACACGGCCCACCAGCUCUCCUCCCAACAAUCAGACCUCAACUCCACCAUCAGCUCCCUCACCAAGAAACUCCGAGACCGGACCACUCAACAGAAACACGCUGUAUCAGACCUUGAAAAACUGCGCUCCCAGCAUGGAACAUGAUAGAAAGAAAAACUUUAAAACAGAGUCUCGUUUAAAAGCUGUGAACAUGCAGCUGGCGUGUGCUAACAACCAAGUUGCCAUGGUAACGGAGAAUGAGGCUAAGUUGUGUAGCAGGAUAAAGGAACUACAGCUCAGGAUUGAUCAGUUAGAGUUUGAUAUUGAGAGGGGGAAGUCCUCUCCUGGCGGGGUUCUCAAUCACUCUAGUGUCGGAAAUCUGAUCGAACAACCAUUUGUACCGCUUCUGACUUCAAAAGAUAGGAGCAAAUCCAGUAGGAAGCAUGAAAAGAAGGAUAGAAAAGAAAAAGACCAAAUCAACCAAAUAUUUUCAUCCGAUAUCAUCAGGUCCACCAGGAAGGAUAAAAGUGCUGCCAAGAGCCGUAAAGCUGCCAGCACACCAGUACCACACACUGAUAGGAGUGACACGACGAUAAAGUUUACUGAUAACAAUUACCCUGAGGAUAUCAGCAGGAUUAAUGAGGGGUGAGGUACGGAGUUAUAGCUUUAGUCACAAAUCAGAUGCCAAAUAUUCUAAAAUAAUUUUAUUUGGUGAUAGAUACAAGAUAAUCGUAUUUUACUCAUUUGUAAUAUUAUUUCAUGAUAAAAAUGAUUUUCACAGGAUAAUUUUGUUGACUGUUGAGUAUAUUUGAGGUGACAGUUGCAAUAGAAUGUCU